GAAAUUCUAUUUAAAUGGUGUACUUCACUCGUACACGUCAUUGAGGAAGUAAAGGCUACUGCAGGAAAGGCACUAUAAUACGUCUUCAAUUCUACACUCCACACUUAUUUCACGAUCACCGGAAAAUAAUCUAAAGAAUGGCACAGAAGGUGCUGGUCACGGGCGGUGCGGGCUACAUUGGGAGUCACUGCGUAGUGGAGCUUAUUGAAGCUGGCUACCAACCCAUUGUGGUUGAUGAUUGCAGCAAUGCUAUAAAAGGAAAAGCAGGUGUGCCUGAGAGUUUACUUAGAAUACAGAAGUUUCUGGACACCAGCAUUGAGUUUCAUGAACUUGACCUUCUGGACAAACCUGCCCUGGAAGGAGUUUUUAAAAAGCAUUCUUUCAGCGCCGUGAUGCAUUUUGCUGGCCUGAAGGCCGUUGGAGAGUCGGUGCAGCAGCCGUUACGCUACUUCAAGGUCAACCUUACCGCCACCAUGAACCUACUUGAGGUGAUGCAGACUUACGGGGUACACAAUCUGGUGUUCAGUAGUUCGGCCACUGUUUACGGAGACCCUCAGCGUCUGCCCAUUGAUGAGAAGCACCCUGUUGGAAACUGUUCCAACCCUUAUGGCAAAACCAAGUUCUUCAUUGAGGAGAUGAUCAAGGACCAAUGCAAGGCUGACAAGAGUUGGAAUUCAGUAUUGCUGCGGUAUUUCAACCCCAUCGGUGCGCAUUCCUCUGGCCUCAUUGGAGAGGACCCUCGGGGUAUCCCCAAUAAUUUACUACCAUACAUUGCUCAGGUUGCUGUUGGGAGAAGGCAGGUGCUCAUUGUAUUUGGAAAUGACUAUGACACACCAGAUGGAACAGGUGUGAGAGAUUAUAUUCAUGUUGUUGAUUUGGGAAAGGGACACAUAGCUGCGCUGAAGAAGCUGAAGGACAAUUGUGGGUGCAAGGUUUACAACCUCGGAACAGGAGUCGGGUACUCGGUGCUCCAGAUGGUGGAUGCCAUGAAGAAGGCAUCAGGGAAAGACAUUCCUUAUAAGAUUGCUCCUCGUCGAGAAGGCGAUGCAGCAUGCUGUUACGCCGACCCUCGCCUGGCUGAGAAAGAACUCGGCUGGAAGGCUGACUUUGCACUGGAAAGAAUGUGUGAGGAUGUUUGGCGCUGGCAGUCGAUGAAUCCCACCGGAUAUUCCAAAGAGGGAACUUUUUGAGAUUUUUUUUUUUUUUUUAAACUUCUACAAAAUCAAAGGGACUAAGCACACAGGGUUUUUUCUUUCUUCAUAUUUCAAGUAAUAUCAAGGGGGAUUAUGAAUACUAUAUAUAUUUUAUGUUUAGCCCAUUGGAGAGGGAACCUAAGAAUGUGAUGACUGAAGUGGGUGUUUAAAAUCAACCCUCCAUACCUCACAAAAGUAUAAUGAAAUAUAAUAUAAUGGGUAUACUCUAUCUGUAUAAUUAAAUACACAUUCAUUUAAAAUUCCAAGUAUUGCUGUAUAUGCAAAGUGAUGGCACUUUUAAGACAUUGUUAGAAAAUACAGACAAUACAGCCUCGCCAAUAUUUUUAAAGCAGAUGUAAUGCCUCCUCUUAUGUAUUUUAUUUUUUGACCAUGGUGACCUGCAGAUUUUCUUCAAAUCUGAUGUGUCCCAGCUGUGCUAAAGAUUUGUAUUGAAAUAAUUGAUGGCCCUGAUAGUUUUCAUACUAAAGCCAGCCGGUGUGCUCUUCACCAGGCAGCACUGUUGAAAGUAUUGUCUGCAAUUAUUAUUUUUCAGAAAGUUGGUGGAGAAAUUUGUGUGACACACUUUAAUUUGAUGUACAAUAAAUACUGCAUAGUAACUUGUUAA